CCAAAACAAAAAUUUAAGCUUUUAUCUCUCUCUCUCUUCCUAAGAAAGAAAAUGUCUUGCAACUUCGGUGAAAAGAAGAUGUACCUUGAUGUGCCGAUUCCAACCGACGUGGCUAUAGCUACUCCAGCCAAAGUUUCAUGCAUGUAUAGUUUUAAGUCUCGUAUGGCAACAAACAAAUAUCUAUGCAAACAUGGUGGGGGAGCUGAGGAAGGCUCCAUGGCUCAUGCAGCUGCUGAGGGUUUUAUGGCUCAUGCAGCUGCGGCGGAGGGUUACAUGGCUCAUGCAGCUGCGGCUGAGGGUUACAUGGCUCAUGCAGCUGCGGCGGAGGGUUACAUGGCUCAUGCAGCUGCGGCUGAGGGUUACAUGGCUCAUGCAGCUGCGGCGGAGGGCUUCAUGGCUCAUGCAGCUGCGGAGAGAGCUGCAAUUAUGUAUUAAUCAGCUUUGAUUAAUUAUUAAAUCCUCGUAUUAAUUAAGAUCAAAUAUGUUUAUGUGCUUUGUGUUGUAUAUAUAUAUAUAGUGUGUUUCUUAUUUCUUAU